CUGGGAAAAUUUCAAUGAUUUUUAAAUUAUUAUGUAUAUUAUAAAUAUUUUCUUCAUGAAAACCUUAUUGAUAUCUGAUUUACGGAAAGAUUUGUAACUUUUGGGUGCAAGUCAAAAGUUGUGGACAGUUGUUCAUACUGUGCAGACGUGCUCCGUUCCUGUGUUCGAAGUCAUUGUAUUAACUAAAUCAAAGCACUAUGUCUCUACAAGAGCAAUUUGACAAAGCUGCUGAAGAUAUCAAAAAGCUGAAGGGGCGCCCCACCGACGCCGACCUUUUGGAGAUCUAUGGUUACUUCAAGCAAGCCACAGUUGGAGACGCCAACCCUGCAGAUAAACCCGGUUUAUUCGACUUGAAAGGUAAAGCUAAGUUCGAGUCAUGGAGUUCCAAGAGCGGAAUGUCAAAAGAGGACGCCCAAAAGGCAUACGUCGCGAAAGCACAGAGCAUCAUUGACGCUAUUGGUCUGCAAUAAACUAAUUUUUCUGAAGAGCUUGCAAUCGUUUACUAUCGUCCUUCGUCGUAAUCGUUAUCUGAUCGUUUAUAUAGGAUAACUGUCAGAAUAUGUCAUCACGCCUGAUUUUUUUGAGUGUUAUUGAAUCCAUACGAUUGCAUGUAUCUGCUAUGUUUAAGAAUAUUUAUGUUAAGUUAUUGAAAGGUGUUUAGGCUAAAAUGGUUUUAUACAUUUUUACAACGCACAUUAUGUUUGACAUAAUCUUCCAAUGUACCCUUUUUUUAGUUUCAGUAAAGAUACUUUGCUCUAGUUUGUUAUAUUGUUUACUUCCGGUGAAUAUAGACUGUGGUGAUAAUA